AUGUUCUCCAGAGCUCUUUCCGCCCCUCGCGUGGCGCUCCGCCGGGCUGCUGUCGCUGCUGCUCCCGUUCGCCUGGGCGCCGUCGCUGCCGCUCGCUCCGUCACCACCGAUGCCGCCUCUGCGUCUCUGAGCGCCAAUGUUCCCGAGUCCGAGGAUGAGCACUUCCUCGUCAACCUCUCUGACGAGAGCUUCGAGACCUACGAGCUUGACCCCCCUCCCUACACCAUCGAGGUGUCCAAGAAGGAGCUGAAGCAGAUGUACUACGACAUGGUCAGCAUCAGGCAAAUGGAAAUGGCCGCCGACCGUCUGUACAAGGAAAAGAAGAUUCGUGGUUUCUGCCACCUGUCCACCGGCCAGGAGGCCGUCGCCACCGGCAUUGAGCACGCUCUCACCAAGGAGGACGACAUCAUCACUGCCUACCGCUGCCACGGCUUCGCCUUGAUGCGUGGCGGCACCGUCCGCUCCAUCAUCGGCGAGCUUCUGGGCCGCCGUGAGGGCAUCGCCUACGGCAAGGGUGGCUCCAUGCACAUGUUCUCCAAGGGCUUCUACGGCGGCAACGGUAUCGUUGGCGCCCAGGUCCCUGUCGGUGCUGGCCUGGCGUUUGCCCACAAGUACAACGAGAACAAGAACGCCUCCGUCAUUCUCUACGGUGACGGUGCCUCCAACCAGGGCCAGGUCUUUGAGGCCUUCAACAUGGCCAAGCUCUGGAACCUCCCCGCCCUUUUCGGCUGCGAGAACAACAAGUACGGUAUGGGUACCUCUGCUGCCCGUUCGUCGGCCCUGACCGACUACUACAAGCGUGGACAGUACAUCCCCGGUCUCAAGGUCAACGGCAUGGACGUCCUCGCCGUCAAGGCCGCCGUCAAGUACGGCAAGGAGUGGACCACGUCCGGCAAGGGCCCCAUGGUUCUCGAAUACGUCACCUACCGCUACGGUGGUCACUCCAUGUCCGACCCCGGCACGACGUACCGCACUCGCGAGGAGAUUCAGCGCAUGCGCUCCACCAACGACCCCAUCGCCGGCCUCAAGCAAAAGAUUCUCGACUGGAAGAUUACCAGCGAGGACGAGCUCAAGAAGAUUGACAAAGAGGCCCGCAGCCACGUCGCCACCGAGGUCGCCGCCGCCGAGGAGAUGGUUGUCCCCGAGGCCAAGCCCCAGAUUCUGUUUGAGGACAUUUACGUCCCCGGCUCCGAGCCCCAGUACAUCCGUGGCCGCACCAACGACGAGAACUACUACUUCAACUAA